UGCAGAAAAAGUGAGACAAAAAAAAACUUCAACUAAGAAGAAGAUCUAGAGAGGGAGAGACCAAGAAACAUGAAUAACCAGAAUGUACAUGAUCAUAAUCUUCUAUUCAUUUCUCAGAUGUACCCUAGUGUCUAUACUUCAUCAAUACCACAACAAGCAGGAGAAUCGAAACCAGCUCGGCCGAGGAGGAGGAGGAAGAGCAAGAGUGUUGCGGUGGCGGAGGUAGGUGGAGAAGGAGGCAAUGGGUGGUUUAGGAAGAGGAAACUGAGUGAUGAGCAAGUAAGAAUGCUGGAGAUGAGUUUUGGAGAUGAACAUAAGCUUGAGUCAGAGAGGAAAGAUCGUCUUGCUAAGGAGUUAGGGCUUGAUCCUCGCCAAGUAGCCGUCUGGUUCCAGAACCGCCGUGCACGGUGGAAGAACAAGAGGCUUGAAGAUGAAUACACUAGACUUAAGAAUGCACACGAAAACGUCAUCGUUGAGAAGUGUCGUCUUGAUUCUGAGGUUCUUCACCUAAAGGAGCAGCUUCAUGACGCUGAACGAGAGAUCCAACGGUUGGCACAAAGAGUCGAAGGAGCCUUAAGCAACAGUCCGAUCUCAUCUUCUGUCUCUGUCGAAGCCAAUCAGACUAUGCCGUUUUUCGGAGACUACGAAGUCGAAGUUGGAGACGACGGUGGCGGUUAUGAGAACUUGUUCUACUCGCCAGAAUACAUUGAUGGAUUUGAAUGGAUGAGCCCAUUCAUGUGAAAACGACUAGCUUAAAUAUUAAUUUAAUUAGUAUAGUGAUAACUAGGCUAUUUAUAUGAUUGGUCGAUUAUCUAUAAUGAAGCAGAAUGUAGAUUAAAGCUAUAGAUCUAAUUCGGUUGUCUAAUGUUGUGGAUAUCUUUCUCUAAGCAUUAAUUGAUUAACUAGGUAAUUUAUUUGACUUGAAGGUCAAGUUUGCACAAAACAAUGUAUUAUUAUUUGUCAAUUAUAAGUAAAUUGCAAUUUCUCUUUA